AACUUGAAAAUUCCAGGCACUCUUUUCCCCAUAAUUCAAUUCAAACUUUCUGAUAUAGGAGAAGGAAUAGCAGAGGUGCAAAUCAAAGAAUGGCACGUUAAGGAAGGUGACACAGUUUCGCAGUUCGAUAAUUUAUGUGAGGUUCAAAGUGAUAAGGCAGCUGUUACAAUAACUAGCAGAUAUGAUGGAGUUAUUAAAAAACUGCAUUAUAAGGUCGAUGAUGUGGCCCGAGUAGGUCAACCAUUAGUGGAAAUUGAAGUCGACGAAGCAAUAGCCGCUGAGGAAACCUCCGAGGAGCCCAAGAAA